AUGCGCUGCACAUUCAACUCGCUGGUGCUGGCCACCCUGGCAAUCGGCCAAGCCUACGCCGCCUCCCUGACUCACGCCCACUCGCAUUUGCACAGUCAUGCGGCCCGCAGGCAUGACCACGUCGAGAAACGCGCGACUGCCUUGACCGAUGCCGACGCCACCAAGCUCACCUCGUUGGGUGUCAUGUCCUUGGGCAUCAACUCCUUCACCGCCAACGGACAAGCCUGGUUGGGUCAAGACGGCCCUUACCAGAACGAGUUCGUCAACGAAUCCGGCGAGGACUUGAUCCUGCUUGUCUGGGGCGUCGCGGGCUCAUGGGUCAAUGCCGUCCAGCCCACCAUCACGGCGUCCAUCCCUGCCGGCGAGUCUCUCUGGGUCUCGUUCGCGGAUGGCGCGUCUGGCGCGUGGACCGCGGUCUACCCGGACACCCAGCUCGUCAACGGCCAGGCUUCCAACACCUGGGGCGAGUUCACGUUCGGGCAAUGGGGUGUGGUGGACGUGUCGCGUGAAGUCAACAUGAGCGGCCAUCCCAUGAGCAUUGUCGGCCCAUCCUGCGUGAGCGACAUGGACACGUGUGUGUUCCAGUGCUCCGAGGGCAACACGUGCAUGUUCAACUACCUGCUCCUGAACUGCGAGAACGGCAGCCAGCCCGGCGCCAACUACGGAACCUUCGAGGGCGCUCCGAGCGGUGGAUGCGGUGGCAUGGGCUCCAGCGCGACUCUCAAGACCACCUUCUCGUGA